AAGCAUCUACUAUUAAUUUAUUAUUUCAAGAUUAAUGAGAGCCCCAACGAUCGAAGGGUAUGCGGCAAGGCACAGUAAACUUUCGAAAAGCGUAACCUUCAACAGAAAUACUCUCCAAAGUCCUCCAAGUAGCGCAACGAUUACAGAAAGUCCGCAAAGUUUGUUCCAGUUUGGGAAUACGCCUACAGAUAAUGCAUUGGAAGAUAUGCAAGAGCAAGAACACACACGAGAGUUGAACCGAUGUGAAAAUCAGAUUGUGACGAAUAAGACCAACCAUCAAGUUAAAUUAAUAAAAGGGUCAUUAGAUGAUGAACAACAAUAUUUUGCUGAUAUUUUGAUGGCUAUCAAACAAGUAAUGAGUUCGCAUUUGCACGACAUUCAAGAGAAAUAUCAGCAGAAAUUCGAAAAACUAGAAGAAGAAAUGAAAGCCAAAGAUGCAAUCAUCACACAACUCAAAGCACAUAUCUGUGAACUGGAACAAACCGGCGAGGAUUCCUUUACACUGAGUGACUCUCUUGAUACCGUUAUAAGUAGAGACAAGCAAUCCUGGGAGGAACCAAGUAAUGACGAACAAGAAGAACUAGAAGACCUACCCCGUCCAAUCCAUGCAUGGUCACCACCACCACACAACGUAGUUUUAGAUAUUGAUUCCACUACGGAUACAGAGUCAGACGUUGGAGAAACUUCAGAGACAGAACAAAUUGACUUUGAUCCGGUUGAAUAUGAAAACUCCAGCAACAACUGGGAAAUCGAACUUUUAGCCGCACAAAUGAGAGAUAGGCGCUCAGCAAGUUUGGACCAUAGCGCAGGACGACCUCUCAGAAAGAGAUUCGUCAAAGGAUCAUCCAUGGACCAUGAAUGAUAUAAAGCAUUUUGUAAAAUUGUGAUAGAAACUCGAUGGAAAUAUUUUCUGGGUUCUUACUAUUUGUUUAAUGGACAAUGCGACACUUGAACUGAAUCUAGAGACAUUGCGACACCUGAACAGUUUCGAAUAUUUCAAAUCAUAGAUUCAAUGGUUUCAAGAUCAACAGAACAAACACAUGGCAAAAAAUUGAAUUUCUUAGAAACAGAGUGCCUUGUACAUUGUGGUGAAGAUUUUUCCGAAAUUAAAGUUUAGUAUUGAGAAA